AUGUCAAGGCGUUCUCAGUUUAAAGCUGGCCUCAUGGCAGCCGUUGAUGUAAAUAAAAAGGGGAACCCGAAACCACCCAUCACUGUGCCUCGUCUCCAGAACCGUUCUGCUCCUCAGGAACAUGGAUCAAACCGGGCUCCAGAAGCAAACCCCGGUUCAACUUCAAAUUUAGACCGAGCUCCAACAGAAAUCACACCACCUGCAAGUGCAAAUGUCAAUCCGACUGCAAGUCUAGUGCCAUUAAAGCGCCAGCCAGCUUCAACGCCCAUCACACCAGCUUCGAGUCCCUGUCUGACUUUUAUGGUUGAGCGAGACACAAAUUUUCUUGAAACUUUGUUCAGCAGCUUGAACGAGACCACAGGUGCCGCCACUGCUGUUCAGGCAGGAGGUGUAAGCCACACUGAUCAGAGCCAUACACCAGCAAAAGAACUUGCUGCUUUAGUUCCUUUGGAUUUGUUUGAUGCGGAGUCCCCAGAAGGAGCAUCCCUUUCUUUGCAAAAGCAAGAUGAAAAUGAAACAGGAGCAGGUACAGAGAGUGCAAAUGCAAAAAGGAACUUGCUGAGUGCAUUUGACUACAUUGGCACACCUGAGCAACCGCUGGACAUUUUGACUACCCCCAUUAAUGUGGAAGACCUCAACUCCAUUGCAGAAGAAUUCCAGAUUGUAGCAUCAUAUUCUAAUGAAGAAGGAGAGGAUGAAGGAACUAUGGAUUUCAAUCACGAUGAAUCAAUUUUGUUAGAAGAAGAUAUUGCAAAGACACUGCAAAGCCAGUGGUCCUGCUAUUCCAACAACUCCCACAACACCAAGGACUUCUUCUGUGGAGAAUCCCACAACGCCAAGGACUUCUUCUGUGCGGACUCCCACAACACCAAGGACUACUUCUGUGCGGACUCCCACAGCAACACCUGUUGUGCAGCAGAUGUCUUGUGA